AGACAUGAAGAAGGACGGAAAUAACCCUAUCCAAAGCAAAGCUCCUUCUCAGCAGGAAGAAGCCUGAGACCAUCCAUCACAGGUCAUCUUUGGCUCUGCUCUUUUUUGUCACUGACUAACACAUUUUAGUGCUAAUUUCUGAGAAACAAGGAAUGAGUCACCUCCUCGGUUAGACACAUGAGUAUAUUAAACAUUUGGACUUGGAAAAUUAACAGGGUCUUUGCCUUUCUAUGAGUUUUCUCAGUAGCAAAUCAAACUCAUUCUCAGGUGUCAAGUACGCAAAUUAUACAAAACAGUGUGAAUGGCACAUAAUGAGAUAGUGAUGCAAUUUUGCUUAAUGGAUAGAGCACCUGACCUAGAACUAGUGUUCAAAUCUCAUCUCCUUAUCUGCAAUAGCUUUUUGACAGAGGGUAAGGUAUCUUCACAUUACAUUUACUGAAUGUCUAUUGUGCCUAAGACUGACUUGGAUAAGCUGAAGGGAUCCAUUACAAACUUGGGUGGAAAGUAAACCAAUAUAAAUGAACAGGAGUGGGAAACUAGUAGGGUGCGCAGUGAAGAGAACUCAGGUGUCACACCAUGGAGAACCAGAAGGGGAAAACCAGUGAGAAAAACAGAAAUAUUAUUUAAGCUCAAUUUUAUUGCUCUGUGUCCUGCACACAGUGUAUACACUCCUAGAUUCAGGAUGGGGGGGGGGGACCUCUUUGGAGAUAAAGAAGACUGCAUAAAAAUACCUGCCCUGUGGCAUUACAGAAUUUCUAAUAUCUGCCCCAUUAGGAAUACUAAAAACUACUUGUUAGAUUAUGUGUGGGCUGAUGUAUAUUUUAAGGGUGGGGCGGGUGAGUAAAGGUUAGCGGUAGGUGGAGUUAGAAACUGUGGUAUUCCUACAGAACUCAAUUCUGUAUCCUGAAUUAUUUACUAUUUUUAUAAAUGACUGGGAUCAUGGAAUAGAGGACACAUGUUUUAAGUCUGUGGGUGACACUAAAUUGGGCGAGUUUGCUAAAUCCUUGAAAAAUAAGGAUUAAAUUCAAAGUGACCUUGGCUAUUUAGAGAAAUGGAUUAAAUAAAACAGGGACAAAUGUAAGAGUUUAGCCUAGAAAAAAAAAAAGAAAAAAAUUCAAGCAACAGAGGUGCAAUCAGAUGAGUAAGUUAUUUAACAACUAGAGCGUGGCUUCCCUGCCACAGGAGAAGCCAACGCAUCGAAAACACAUUAAAUAUGGAUUCUUGAAACAGCUGCUUCUCCUUUCCAUCUUAGAGCUUUUUUGUGAGGGUACCACACUGGUUUGCCUGUAGUAAAUCUCCUUUUGCCUAUAUCCCCCCUCAAACCUUCUCAUAUUGUUCCCUUUACUACCAAUCCCCCAAAGGCAGCUCUUAAGUAGCUAUCCCAACUAACAGAUAACUUAAAAGAUUGGUUUAGCAUCACCAUUCCCAACUAGCCUAAAUUCACUGGAGAUUAAAUUCUAAAUGUUUGGGAAUUACCCCCAUUUCUUUUUGCCUCCGUUAUUGCAUUUUUGUGACCUAUGCAUAAUGCAUCUUCCCACAGCAGGAGGGUCUCCCUGGAAGGAUGUUUAUGACCCAUUUUCUUUGAACUCCAAUGAGACAGCCUGCAGCACCCAUACCUCUUAUACACUAUUUCAGGAGAUAAACGAGAACUUAUUGUCAGAUAUGGGGCUCCCAGAAGUGUGCUCAGGCUCCCAACACGUAAGUGCCUUUUGUUUUAUAGAGUUUGUACCUGAAGCAUACAGUACCACUCCCCCGCUUCCUUUCCGGCUCUCCAAGUUUCUUUCAUCUCCCCUUACCCACUGCCUUCUACUUCAGCUUCCUGCUCCCAGAGUUCAUCCGAGAGAUAGCAUCAUCCCUGACGCCCAACGUUUUGAAAUGAAAUUCUGCCUCUGACACCACCGUAUGACCUUGGGAAGGCCACUUAAGAUGUCCUAGUCUCACUUUCUUCAUUUGUAUAAAAUAUGGGGCUGGAUUCGAUGGCCUUUGGAGUCUUUUACAGCUCAAGCAAGCGGAGCCUUUGAUGCUUUAUGCUGCCUGGCACCCCUAACCUGGAGAUGUUUCCACUUUUUCCCCGGCUAUAGACGCACUACCAACGGGACCUGAUGGAGCCUGGCACGCGCCUCCAGAAUUGUCUCUGGCACACACCACGUCCUUCACCUGGCCCAACCAGGGGUUCUGGAGGGCACGAUCCGAUCCCGGGUUGAAAGGAGCGUUGCAGGGCUCAUUGGGGGAGGAGGGCUUAGACGUGAAAAGGAGAGGGCUGACGUGAGCUGACUGCACCGUAAAAAGACUCAGUUCGAGCCUGACACGUAAUUGGCGCUUAAUAAAUGCUGGUUCAGAAUCCACCCCCAAAGUGGUUAUGCGUUGCCCUAGGCUUGGGAUAGUAAAGGGGCAAAUAGCCUGGGUGUUAGAGACAGGCAAACUGGCCCUAAGCUGAGUGGGGAUGGAGCCGGGGUGCGGAUGCCUGCGCUACCUGCGGUCAGGAGAGAAUCCGUCAGCCUACAGGGCCACACCAGGUGGGAUAAAGUCCAGACACUAAAGGAAGUCCCCGGGUGGGGAAGAGUCUCUGGCUGCCCAUAGCUGGCGAAGGGGGACAGGGGCGCGCGCUCCCGCCGCAGUGGGCGGGAAGGACCGGCGCGCCCCCGCCUUGGUGGGCGGGAAUCCCGAGGUGAGUGGAGUGGGGCGCCGCGCGCGCGCCACGCGGGGGGAGCGGCCGGGGCGGAGGGAGGGGGAGAGAAGCUAGGCGCGGCGAGGGGAGGGCUGGGAGGGAGCUGUCUGUCUUUGCAGGAGCCUACCCGAGCUAGGCAGACCCAGACUGAGCCUCGCGGCGGCGGCGGCGGCGGCAGCAGCAGCAACAGGCUGCGGGCUCGGCGGGUCGGAGCCGGCGGGCGGAGGGUGGGCGCGGCGAGGGGAGGCGGUGAAGGGGCAGCAGCCGCCGCCGCCGCCGCCGCCUCCGCCUCCGCCUCGGCCGCCGCCGCCGUUGCCUUAUGGACGAGCAUCUCAGCCUCCUGCAUUCGCCUCCGCCACCCUCCGCCCGCCACCGCGCCCACCCCUCGGCUCAGCCCCAGCCUCAGCCCCAGUCGGGCGGCGGCGGAGGCGGCGGAGCCCACACCCUAGUCAACCCCGGCUACAUCGAGCCCGCCGCGGGGGCCGCCGCCGGCCCCGAGCUGCCGCCGGGCAUGACCGUGGUGCCGGGGGACCACCUGCUGGAGCCCGAGGCGGGCGGCCCGCAGCCGGGGGGCUGCGGCGGCGGCUGUGACCGUGACCGUGACCGCUACGAGCCGCUCCCGCCCGCCGGGCCGCCCGCCGGGGCGGGCGCGGGCGGGGAGCAGGACUGCUGCGGGGAGCGGGUGGUGAUCAACAUCUCCGGGCUGCGCUUCGAGACGCAACUGAAGACCCUGUGCCAGUUCCCCGAGACGCUGCUGGGAGACCCCAAGCGACGCAUGAGGUACUUCGAUCCGCUCCGCAAUGAGUAUUUCUUCGACCGCAACCGGCCCAGCUUCGACGCCAUCCUCUACUACUACCAGUCCGGGGGCCGCAUCCGGCGGCCAGUCAAUGUGCCCAUCGACAUCUUCUCCGAGGAGAUCCGCUUCUACCAGCUGGGUGAGGAGGCCAUGGAGAAGUUCCGAGAGGACGAGGGCUUCCUCAGGGAGGAGGAGCGGCCGCUGCCCCGCCGCGACUUCCAGCGCCAGGUGUGGCUGCUCUUCGAGUAUCCCGAGAGCUCGGGGCCCGCGCGGGGCAUAGCCAUCGUAUCGGUGCUCGUCAUCCUCAUCUCCAUUGUCAUCUUCUGCCUGGAGACGCUGCCCGAGUUCCGCGACGAGAAGGACUACCCGGUGUCCUUAUCUCCCGACACUCUGGAAGCAGCCACCAACAGCACGUCGGGCUCCCCAGCAGGCGCCUCCAGCUUCUCGGACCCGUUCUUUGUGGUGGAAACGCUUUGCAUCAUCUGGUUCUCCUUUGAGCUGCUGGUGCGUUUUUUCGCCUGCCCGAGUAAGGCCACCUUCUCCCGCAACAUCAUGAACCUGAUUGACAUCGUGGCCAUCAUUCCCUACUUCAUCACCCUGGGCACCGAGCUGGCCGAAAGGCAGGGCAAUGGACAGCAGGCCAUGUCUUUGGCCAUCCUGAGGGUCAUCCGGCUGGUGCGGGUCUUCCGCAUCUUCAAACUCUCCCGCCAUUCCAAGGGGCUGCAGAUUCUGGGGCAGACCCUGAAGGCCUCCAUGAGGGAGCUGGGGCUACUGAUCUUCUUCCUCUUCAUCGGGGUCAUCCUCUUCUCUAGCGCUGUCUACUUUGCGGAGGCGGACGACCCCACUUCUGGGUUCAGCAGUAUUCCCGAUGCCUUCUGGUGGGCAGUGGUGACCAUGACCACCGUAGGUUAUGGGGAUAUGCACCCGGUGACCAUCGGGGGCAAGAUCGUGGGAUCGCUGUGUGCCAUCGCUGGUGUCCUGACGAUUGCCUUGCCGGUACCAGUGAUCGUUUCCAAUUUCAACUACUUCUACCACCGAGAGACGGAGGGUGAAGAGCAAGCCCAGUAUAUGCACGUGGGGAGCUGCCAGCAUCUCUCCUCUUCAGUUGAAGAGCUAAGGAAAGCUCGGAGUAAUUCAACUCUGAGUAAGUCAGAAUACAUGGUGAUCGAGGAGGCGGGUAUGAACCAUAGCACCUUCCCCCCAGCCCCUUUCAAAACGGGCAACUCCACGGCCACCUGCACCACGAACAAUAAUCCCAACUCGUGUGUCAACAUCAAAAAGAUAUUCACCGAUGUUUAAUACAUGAUACAAGUGACAUGCUGUGCUUAGUAUUGUGUGGACCGUGCCCCAUUGGUCUGUGUAUGCCCUAGUUUUUAUACAUUUCCAGACCAUUCAUCCAGAGAAGAAAAUGGAAAACACACUUCCUUCAUCCACCCCGCCCCUGUCCCAUGUUGCUUCGUACCAAAACAGGUGUUUUUUGCAAUUGGGCUGCGUUUCCUCUGCUCCCUCCCCCCCUUUUUUUUUCUUUUAAUCCUGCAAAUAGCGGAAAUGCUGUUUGUGACUUUUAGUUCUGGUUUCUAGUUUGCUCUAAAACAAUGAAACGUGUAGGUGGGGAGGGGAAUUAAAAGUGCUUUUAGGGUAACUGGUUUAACUACAUAAUUAAAGGCAUUUUUUUGGUUUUGUUUUUGUUUUUUUUGCCCGUCUGUGGGAGGACCUUCUAGCAUUGUUUAUUGUGCUUGUAGGUGAAUUGCCUAGCCUAAGGGAUCGAUCGCUUAAAUCCUAAUUAGUGCAAUGAUUUGUAAAUCCAUUGUAAAUUUAUUCAGUUUAUAUCUGAACUCUCUGAGAAAUCCCCUUCUCCAGAAUUACAUAUUUCUGAAGAAAAUGCCUUUUUCAACUCAAGAUUGAAUGAUUUGACUAACUCUAGUUUAACACUGUGGACUGCUUAAGUAUUUGGAAAGCGUUAGAUUUAAUAUUAAAUCAUUGUGAAGAAGUUAUGUGCACGCCCCCCAGCCAAAACCAAUCAUAGUCUAGAAACAGUGAUGUUUUCAAUGCUGCUGAGAGAAACGAAAGAUUUUUUUUUUUCCUAAUGCAUCUGAGAGAUAAGCUUCUGCAAUAUCACAAGAAGAUUAAAGUGACAGACACCCCUUCCAGCGGAAGUUACUAAUUCGGACCUGAGUGAUGCAGUUCCCAUAGCAACCGUCGUUUCCUGGGAAACCCGAAAAAGGUUGUCAUGGCAUCUCUCUCUAGCCCCACCCCCUGCUUCCCCUUGCUGUUUCCACAGUAACCUUUUCCAGAUGGUUCCUACUUACAUGAUUUCACAGGAAAACCGCUGUUUGAGUAAACCGCACAAAGAAAGUUAAUCUUAGAUAAUCUGAGGUGAGGGUAUAAGCAAUCAUCAAACUUUUUACAUGAAAAAAAAAAAUCCCUGGAAUCAUCCAAGUGUCCACCGAAUCAAGAAAGAAAAUCAUCAUCUUCGGAAUGUUAGCCCUGUAAGCCACGGUGAGAUAUGUCCUGAAUCAAACACUUGUUAAUAGGCAAUAAAUUUAAAAGACACUGCCUCUAGUUUUCCCUCCUCAAGAAAUUUCUGGCAGAUAAAUGAAAUUGGAGAGCAGAUUUCAUUGUAUCCAAUACUUAUGUCAAAUUAAAGAUUCAAUUAGUGCACCUUAAAGAACUUUAUAAUGACUCCAGAGUCCUCUUACAAAAGAAAUUACUCAGACCCCAACAACAAUUAACACUGUCUGAGCUGCACAACACUGGAAGAGCUAGCUAAACCUUUAAAAUGCAAAACAUUCACUUUUUAAUGGGGAAAAAUUAAAGACAAUUGAUAAAGAGGAGGGACAGGAAGUAACCAAACCUUGAGGAAAAUACCUGCCUGUUUCAACUACAAGCCAGGGGUUGCCAGACAGCAGAUAGAAUCAGGUGAGCUUUGUGUUGUCUGUUGAGAAGAAUAAGCUUGCAAGGGGAACUGGACAAACACUUCCCAUUCCUAGAGUGCAAUGUCAUUUGAAGAACAAAUAGUUUCACACAAACAUCAUGUUAGGAUGGAAUACAUCUUUUCUUAGAACUUUGGCUACCAUAAUGCUUCAUUUCCAUUGGUAAUCAAAUGGACACUUCUUUUUACAUUGGUUUGCAUUGCCUAUUGCAAAUACGGACUGAAAAUCAAGGCUCAUGCAUUCUUCAACCCAUGCUGUGUUGAAAUUACUGUUUCCAAUAUAUUGCUAAUUCACAUAGCUUUCUAACAGCCUAUUUCCUUUUGCUAAGGAAACAGUUGUCUCAUUUUGAGAUAAUUGGUCCAAUUUUAAUUUCUAGUGCAUUGCAAUAAUAUAGAGAAAGUGCUAGUACUGUCCAUGCCAUUGGAACUAUCUUGCUAAUUACAAUCAAGUCAUAAUAACAUUUCAUUUUUAAAAGUCAGAAAAGGAUCUUUUUUUUUCCUUCAGAAAUGAAUUUAUUCUUUUAUAUUACCUGAAAGAUAACUUGUUAAUGUUGAUAUUAUUUAACUACAAGGAUUAGAUGCCAUUAAUUCUUUUAACUGAGGACAUUGACCUUCUUCUUAAAACUGUGAUUUUUACCAUAGAAUACCUUUUUUUUAUUUAUCACUGUCUUUUUCAUAUUCAUAAAAUAUUUUCAGGGAUAAAGAAGUGAACCUCAUUCUAUCCAGUGUGAUGUUUUUUAAAAAGGAUAUGAUGGGAAUAUUGAUGGGGAGAGGAGGUUGUCAGAUGAGGUUAAUGCUAAGCAAUAUUGAGAAUUGAUAUAAAAUGUAAUUUCUUUUGGCUUCUGUGAAUCUAUCCUUAGUAUCAGCAUUUCUUUAUAUUCCUCAAUGUAUCUCAAUGAGUUCAUUUACUUAAAUGUUUCCGAGGCAACUCAAUAGAAUGCCUCAUUACACUGAUGUUUACCUGUUAUCUAAACUUACUGCAUCUUAAAUGACCAAACAUUUCCACGAUGGCUCGUUUUUAGUGAUGAUUUAUUGGAAAUAUUGUAGGAAUGAUGAAGUGUUAGAAUGGUUUUUACAUAUUAAAUAAAAGGUCUUAUGAACAUAAGGGUUCAUUGGCACAAAA